AUGAAGUCAGAGUUUUUUGUUCAUUGGGACGGUCUCCGCACAAAGGAAAAAAACCGCGUACUUGUUCUUGCUGCUACUAACAGACCGUUUGAUCUUGACGAUGCUGUUAUUAGGAGACUCCCAAGAAGAUUGUUGAUUAAUUUACCCGAUGCUCCAAAUCGAGAGAAGAUUCUUAAGAUCAUACUGGCCGCCGAGAAUUUGUCACCAGACAUUGAUCUAAAGGAAAUGGCCGAUAAGACGAGUGGUUAUUCUGGAAGUGAUCUCAAGAAUUUAUGUAUUGCAGCUCUCCAUUGUCCCAUUAGAGAGAGAAAAAACGGAGGGAGGUUUAGCUGA